AGGAGGGAGGGGGGAGGAGAGACGGACGGAGAGAGCGAGGGAGUGAUGGACGGAGGGGAGAGGAAGCAGGCGGUGCUCAACGUCGCCUUCAGGUACCUGGACACCUACAGAGAGCUGCUGCAGGAGGAGGGCGAGCGCAGCAACAGCUUCCCCAAGGAGCUGUACCUGUGUGCGGUUCAGGAGUUGACUCGGUAUCCUGAACUCGUCGAGGACGUCCUCAAACUGCAGAGAUGGACCGAGAUCUUACACUGCCCCUCUGACGAGGAGAAGGAGAGCAGGAAGAAGCAGGUCCGUCCUCUGUUCAGACACUUCAGACGCAUCGACGCCUGUCUGCAGCCCAGAGAGGCGUUCAGGGGCUCCGACGAGAUCUUCUGCCGGGUCUACACUCCGGACCACUCCUACGUCACCAUCAGGAGCCGGCUGUCCUGUCGGGUCGGAGAGAUUCUGGCUCUGGUCCGAGAGAAACUGCAGUACAGCGAGGACCAACCGGUUCUGCCCGGAAACCUCAUACUGGUGGCUGUGACGUCAGCCGGAGAGAAGGCCGUGUUCCGGCCCAGUGAUGAGGCCGUGUUCACCACGCUGGGAGUCAACACACACCUGUUCACCUGUGAAGCGUCUGAGCUGGAGUCUCUGCUUCCUCUUCCUGAGGAGAUCCACUGGUCGCCGGGCGACAGCAAACUCCACGACAUGUCGGCGGAGGAGGUGUCCAAUCAGCUGGUGGCGUUCGACUGGGAGCUGUUCAGCUGCGUGCACGAGGUGGAGUUUGUGUGUUACGUGUUUCACGGCGAGCAGUCCCGCUGGCGCCCCCUGAACCUGGAGCUGGUACUGCAGCGCUGCAGCGAGGUGCAGCACUGGGUCGCCACGGAGAUUCUGCAGUGUCAGUCGCUGCCAAAGAGAGUCCAACUGCUGCGCAAGUUCAUCAAGAUCGCAGCGCUCUGUAAGCAGCAGCAGGACCUGCUGUCCUUCCUUGCCGUGGUUCUGGGUUUAGACAACCCGGCCGUCAACAGACUGCGACUCACCUGGGAGGGUCUCCCGGGAAAGUUCAGGAAGCAGUUUCAGCAGUUUGAGAGCAUCGCGGACCCGUCCAGGAAUCACAAGUCCUACAGAGACCUGAUCACCAGCCUGAGACCUCCACUGAUCCCCUUCACACCUCUGCUGCUCAAAGAUCUGACGUUUCUUCACGAGAGCUGCAAAACGUUUCACGGAGAACUCGUCAACUUUGAGAAGAUGCACAAAGUGGCCGAGAUGGUCAGAACCAUCAGACGGUACCGGAGCAGCCAGCUGGCCAUGGAUACAGAGACGUCCCCCUCCCACCUGCAGACGAAGGCCUACGUCCGGCAGUUACAGGUUAUUGACAACCAGAACCUGCUGUUCGACAUGUCCUGCAAGCUGGAGCCCAAAGACACAUAGAGGGAGGGAGGGAAGGAAAGGAGGGAAGACGAGGAAGAGGAAGAGGAGGAUGCUGGAGGGAAGUCCAGGUAGAAAGAGACAGAAACCUUCAAACUCUCCUCCACCCACGAUGUUGACCAUCUGUUCAGUUUCUUCUUCUUGUCUUCCUCCACCUCUUCCUCCGUCAUCCCUCCAUCAGCAGCUGUCCAGUCCGAACACUGCCAGCCGUCCUGACGAGCUCACAGACCAAAAAACUCGUCACGUCAUGAUCAGUUUGUGUUUUAACCUCCAGAUAUCCCAAAACCUGCUGUCCGUCAGUCUGGACUGCUCGUUAAGGCUCGUUCAGGCUCGUUCAGGCUCGUUAAGGCUCGUUUAGAUUCAUUAGGGUUUGUUAAAGUUCGUUAAGGUUCAGUUUUUGUGAGACGAGACGGCGAUCCAGAAGAAACUGUGACGAUGUAAUAAGAAGUCAAACUUCAGCGCCGUCAAUUAACGACCUUCAGACGUCAACACAGACUCACCUUCAGUGAGACGUGUCAUCAGGACGGUUGAACCAAUCGCUGCUUCUACAGAAGAGAUCGAUCCUCCUGAUUGGACCGUCCUGUGUGCUCACUUCCUGCACUUUCCCUCCUCUUCCUGUGGCGGCUGACCAAUCAGAGUAGAGACAAUCUGACACCGUGUCACAGAAAAACAGGAAGUGUACCGCGUUGACCCAAAUAUGAGACGAUCUGUUCUCCGCGAUCUGGAAUGUUUGAAAAGUUUGUUUGAUAUUCGACAUCGCGGCGUGUCGUCGUGUUGCGUUGUGUCGAAAACGUUUCCAGACACGUUCGUUACGCCGCGCAUGUUCUGGAGUUUUCUCUCCUGAGGUAACACGAGGUCCCGUGUGGGCCACGAGGUCCCGUGUGGGCCUUGAGGUCCCGUGUGGG